AUGGCUAUGACCGCGGUGGUAGAUCACCCCAUCUCGGACGACGAUAGUGACGACUACGAGUUCGACAACCACACAAUCAAUAAGAGCAGCAGCAAAGAACCCACCCCCGAGCCCGCAUCUUCCAUUGCUCCCAUGGUAUUCCAUCCUCCUCCAGGACCCACUCCCCCUCGAGACUUCACAUCGUCACUACGCGACAAGCGUACCAGCAAGUUUUCCAUGGCCUCCAAUGCCUCGUAUCAUUCUGCUCGCGACGACGACUCGAUUACCUCGAGUCAACUUGUCACGCCAAAGCACGACGUUUCUAUUGACGCCUACGACCAUAGCCACCACAUCAACGGCACUCCGACUCGAACAGGAACGAUUCGACGAGACAACAAAAGCGGAGAUGUGUCUGUUCCAGGUACACCAGUUCUAAGCGGUGACAGUGUUUCGCAGCGACUAUUUACCGGAGGCACACCCAGAGAAACGACUCCAGGCAGCGGCGGAACAGUUACAAAAAAGAGCAACUCAAACACAUCCAUGGGUCCCCCCUCAGCGCCCCAGCAGGCUCACCAGAAGCACGACAAUCAACAAUCAGAUACCACAGCAUUCCCCCCUCGACCCAUUCCCAACUCGUUUUCGUCGUCGUCCUCCCUGUCGUCACAUUCUUCGUCCUAUUCAGACGGAGGCGACGCAAUGGCAGCCAUGAAUGCAGCAGUUGCUGCUGCGAUCAAGGACGACGGAGCCGGUCCAGUUGCAGAUGGUUCUGAUGGCACAGCCAGAGAAAGCAUGCGUGAUUUUGGCGGUGGUCACUCUCGAGACAUUUCUGAACAGUUUGGCUCGUUCAAGAUCUCCACAUCUACAGACGAACCCAUUGCUGAAGAGAAUGUCGGCCCUUACGAGAAGAAUGUUAGUCCUCAUGAGAAGAGUCUGCCUCCCAUUCCACCACCGCAACAGCAGCAAGGAUCUGUAUCUAGUCUGGUUGUUAACUCUACUGCAGCAGAAUCAGCAGCCACACAACAGCGCCAGGAACCACACGUGCAUAGAUCUGUUGAUGCCCAGAGAGCAGCUGUGGAGGCUAUGCAGAGGUCCAGUGGUGGCGACAUUUCGCAGACGGACAGCACAGCUCCAUCUAUUUCUGCAUCCAGUCUUGCCCGAUCGGGAAGUGCAUCCACCAAUGCUACCUCUCUAGGAGCUCACGGAGUCUUUGGAACCCCCACCAUCGACGAUGCGCAGUUUGAGUCUUCCAAGCCCAGUCUAGUGGAUAGUCUCAAGGCCGCUGGGGCUGUUCCCGAGAUUAGAACUAACAACUCGUCGCGAGAUACAUUUGAUAGCAUGGCCUCUUCCAAUAGCAUGGCCUCUUCCAGCGCUGCAUCUACAGACAUUUCCGAUCUGGCAGAGAAGUUUUUCAACGAGACAUAUACCCAGGUUUCACGAGAUGAGUACGCCGCAUGGCUCGGAGAUGAUGCCCAAUUCAACAAAAAUGUCUGCCAGGCGUACAUGACGUUAUUUGCAUGGCAGGGAGUGUCGAUUCUGGCGUCUCUCCGUCUUCUCUGUACCAAGCUAUAUAUGAAGGGUGAGUCCCAGGUUCUCAGCAGAAUCAUGGAGCGGUUCAGUGUUGCAUGGGUGCAAGCCAAUCCCACAAACGGCUUCAUUUCCGUUUCCCCCGUCUACACUACCGCCUACGCUCUGAUUCUGCUGAACACAGACCUGUAUGCUGCUGACCACAGUCUCACUAAGCCCAUCACCAAGGCUCAGUUUGUCAAGAACACCACCGAGACUAUUGUCAUGGCCACUGAGCAGAAGAAUCUCAUAGCGGUGCUGCCCAACGUUGAGUCCAGAGAAAGUUCAGAGAUGCGUGAUAGCACAGACACUCUUCUGUUGGUAUCCAAGCCGUUUGAGUCUUUCAACCCCACCCAGUGGCUUACAACUCUUCAGGCUAUUCUUCGGGUGUUCUACAACUCCAUUAGCAAGAGUCCUCUGCAGAUUCGGGCCGUUGAUAGAGUGGCUAAAAUCACGCCCAUAUCGCCUAUCGAUACGCUGGCACACACGAACGCACAGUCUCGAAGCAGUAGUGUCUCUUCGAGCUUGUUUUCCAAGUUUCGACUGAACAAGAACAAGAAUGCAGCAGAUUACAACAUGAGCAGAAUCGACAACAGUCUACCUGUUCCUUCCGAUCCCUUUGGACGACGAAACUCCAUCCAAUCCAAUUUCUCUAUUGAAACAGGCAUGUCUUCUGGCUCGUUCACUAUGCCUCGUCAGGCUGUUGGCUUUGCAGGUAUCCUCUGGAACUCUAUGGCUCGAGAAGAGACCAGUUCUAUGUUUUCUCGAGAGGAGGACGAUGACGAUGACGAUUUCAUGCAUGACAUUUCGCGUUUAGAGAAUGCUCUUCAGGCCGAAGAUGAGCUUCAACUGUAUGGAGCUCCGUGGGCCAAGGAGGGCCUUUUACUGUACAGACCCUAUGUGGACCCCCACUCUGGAAAACGAAGUCGAAAGACGAAGUGGAAAAGUCUGUUUGUUGUAGUCCAGAAGGGCCAGCUCAAGCUGUUUGACUUGUCAGCCAAGAAGUCGACUUUGGGCGGCGGUGGAUUUGGAGGAGGCACCGUUGGAGGUGGAAACUGGAUGGAGAGUGCUCUGCAGGUGGAUGCCUGGAGUUUGUGUCACACCAUCGCGCAAGAGCUGCCCAACCCCAAGCGUUCGAAGUCUUACCAGGCUCUGUGGUCGCUGACUCUCCCCCAGUAUGGUCUUCUGGUCUUCCAGGCAGGUACUUCUGAGAUUGCCAAGGAGUUUGUUUACACUUGCAACUACUGGAGUGCCCGACUGUCCAAGGAGCCCAUGAACGAAGCCGUUUCCAACAUGGAAUACGGAUGGUCGUUUUUGGAGGGUACUACGGGAAGUGCCAAUGGAGAUCAUCUUCAGAUCAAGGAGUGGAAGCCUCGUGGACAUUCGCUGGUGGUCAGUGACUUUGAUGAGAAGCGCCAACUUACAAACAUUAAGGAUUAUUUGGCUGCAGUUGAGACUCAGCUGAGCCACCACAACGGUUUGUUACCCCGAAUGCUCAGUAGUUAUACGCAAGGCUCACAGAACUACUCCCGUGCGCAUGCCAACUGGGAGCGAAAGAGUCAGUACCUACUGCAGCAGACUGUAAGAUUCCGAGUUUACGUGGAUGCUCUAGAAGCCGGUAUUGAGGAUAGAAAGGACCCUGGUCGACGAAAAUACGACGUGAUCGAAGAGGAGGAGUAA